AAAGUUAAAUUUGAUAUUAGUUGUAGUACAGUUAAGAUGAAAUUUUAUCUUAUUUGUAGCAGUAUUAAUAAUAGUGAUAUUAAUCAAAAUAUAUUGAAAAUAUUUUAUUUUUUAAAUAUAUCCAAUUUUUAAAAUGAAACACAAGAUAUGCAUGGCUUCUGAUUUUUUUUAUCCAAAUAUGGGUGGUGUCGAAGAGCAUAUAUUUAAUUUAUCUCAAUGUCUCUUAAUGAAAGGCUAUAAAGUUGUUGUAUUAACACAUUCUUAUAAGGACCGUGUAGGAGUAAGAUAUAUGACUAAUGGCUUAAAAGUUUAUUAUCUUCCAAUCAAACCCUUUUAUAAUCAAUGUGUUUUACCAUUAAUGGUUUGUUCAUUGCCUCUGAUAAGAUACAUAUUAAUUAGAGAACAAAUCACUAUUAUACAUGGUCAUUCAGCAUUUUCCACAUUGGCUCAUGAGACCAUGAUGAUUGGUCGUUUACUAGGAAUUCAAACUGUAUUCACUGAUCAUUCACUUUUUGGUUUUGCUGAUACUUCAGCUAUCAUUACCAACAAAUUCUUAGAAAUGUCUCUUGCUGAUUGUAAUCACUGCAUAUGUGUAUCACAUAUUGGAAAAGAAAAUACAGUUUUAAGAGCUCGUGUUAAUCACCAGAGAGUAUCAGUUAUACCAAAUGCUGUUGACACUACUGCAUUUGUUCCAAAAUUAGAUUUAAGAACUUCAGAUAAAAUAACUGUUGUUGUAUUAAGUCGUUUGGUUUAUAGAAAAGGAGUGGAUUUAUUAGCUCAAGUCAUUGCAGAUGUUUGUCAAGAAAAUCCAAAAGUUCAAUUUUUAAUUGGAGGAGAUGGCCCUAAACGUGAUCUUUUAGAAGAUGUACGCACUAAUUUAAAUAUCACUAGUCAAGUAACUUUACUUGGCAGCUUAGAACAUUCUCAAGUAUGUAAUGUACUUAAUCGAGGACAUAUUUUUUUAAAUACUUCAUUAACUGAAGCUUAUUGUAUGGCUAUUGUGGAAGCUGCAUCUUGUGGGUUGAAAAUUGUCAGCACUAGAGUAGGGGGUGUUCCUGAAGUAUUACCUCCAGAACUCAUAAUUUUAACUGAACCAAAUGUUCCAUCUAUACUUAAAGGAUUGAAGCAUGCCAUAUAUCAAGUAAAUAAUAAUAUUGGAAUGUCACCAACUAAAUGCCAUAAAAUAGUUCAAUCCCUAUAUAACUGGAUGAACGUUGCCAAAAGAACUGAAAUAGUCUAUAAUAGAAUAUCUCUGGAAAAUCCCAAGCCCAUAGGGAAACAAUUACGCAGUUAUCUAUCAACUGGAGUAUACCCAUUUUUAUUAGUUGUUUCAUUUAUGCAUAUAUUACUUAAAAUUUUGGAUUGGUGGAUACCACAUUCUGAUAUUGAUAUAGCUAAAGAUUAUAAAAUGAAAAAAUCUUUACCAUAUAAGAAUCACCUAUCAGGCUAUGGAAAUGAAUGACUACACAAUUUAAAAUGGAAUACAAAUAAUUCUUUAUUCUAAAACUCUAAAACGGACGGAUUUAAUGAUAUAUAAAAUCACAUAUUAUAAAAAUUUAUCACCAAAAAUCAGUAAAAUGAGAUCAAUUUUAAAUACAUUCAACAAUUAUUUUAA